CCGGCUCGCACCAGUAGGCGGGGGCUCGUUCCGCGCCACGCGAUUCGACCAAUGCGAGCGCGCGAGGCGGGGCGGUCGGACCCGCGGGUGCUGAAAAUCUGGCUCGUGGGCGGCGGGUUCCCGGCGCGCGCCAGCGGACCGGCUCCGGGAGCACGCGAGGCCCGCGCGCGCUAUCCGCAGGCCCCGAGCGCGCGCCUGACAGCCCUUUCCCCUGCGGGCGCGCGGCGUCGCCAGGUCUCAAUGGCCCCCGAGACCCCGGCCCAGGGUCCGACCCCACGCUACUACACCUGGGAUGAGGUGGCGCAACGCUCCGGGCGCGACAAAGAGCGGUGGCUGGUGAUCGAGCGGAAGGUGUACAACAUCAGCGAGUUCAGCCGCCGGCACCCCGGGGGCUCCCGGGUCAUCAGCCACUACGCGGGACAGGAUGCCACGGAUCCCUUUGUGGCAUUCCACAUCAACAAGGGCCUUGUGAAGAAGUACAUGAACUCGCUCCUGAUUGGAGAACUGUCUCCGGAGCAGCCCAGCUUUGAGCCCACUAAGAAUAAAGAGCUGACCGAUGAUUUCCGAGAGCUGCGGGCCACAGUGGAAUGGAUGGGGCUCAUGAAGGCCAACCAUGGCUUCUUCCUGCUGUACCUGCUACACAUCCUGCUGCUGGACGUUGCUGCCUGGCUCACUCUUUGGGUUUUUGGGACAUCCUUCGUGCCCUUCGUCAUUUGUGCAGUGCUGCUCAGCACAGUUCAGGCCCAGGCCGGCUGGCUGCAGCAUGACUUUGGGCACCUGUCUGUCUUCAGCACCUCUUCAUGGAACCACCUGCUACAUCAUUUCGUGAUUGGCCACCUGAAGGGGGCCCCUGCCAGUUGGUGGAACCACAUGCACUUCCAGCACCAUGCCAAGCCCAACUGCUUCCGCAAAGACCCAGACCUCAAUAUGCACCCCUUCUUCUUUGCUUUGGGGAAGAUCCUUUCUGUGGAGCUUGGGAAACAGAAGAAAAAGUACAUGCCAUACAACCACCAGCACAAAUACUUCUUCUUGAUUGGGCCCCCAGCCUUGCUGCCUCUCUACUUCCAGUGGUAUAUUUUCUAUUUUGUUAUCCGGCGAAAGAAGUGGGUGGACCUGGCCUGGAUGAUCUCCUUCUACGUCCGCGUCUUCCUCACGUAUGUGCCGCUGUUGGGAGUGAAGGGCUUCCUGGGCCUUCUCUUCGUGGUCAGGUUCUUGGAAAGCAACUGGUUUGUCUGGGUGACACAGAUGAACCAUAUCCCCAUGCACAUAGAUUACGAUCAGAACAUGGACUGGGUCUCCACUCAGCUCCAGGCAACAUGCAACGUCCACAAGUCCGCCUUCAAUGACUGGUUCAGUGGACACCUCAACUUCCAGAUUGAGCACCAUCUCUUCCCCACAAUGCCUCGACACAAUUACCACAAAGUGGCUCCCUUGGUGCAGUCCCUGUGUGCCAAACAUGGCAUAGAGUACCAGUCCAAGCCUCUGCUCUCAGCCUUCGCCGACAUUGUUCACUCACUGAAGGAGUCCGGGCAACUCUGGCUAGAUGCCUACCUUCACCAGUAACAGCCCCCAUCUGGAAGAGGAGCCUCUGGAGCCAAAGCAAAGGGGCGCUUGAGGGCAAUGCCACUACAAUUCUACAGUUGAGAGAGAGUGGGUCUGACGAGAUAAAGACUUGGCUUAAACCCCCCUUUAUCUUCUAGGUGGCUCUGACUCAAAGAGGUUGGGGGAACAUGCAGGCCUCCUCGAAGGGAUGGAGCUAUUGGGGCAGGGAUGUAUUUUGUUAUUUCCUCUUUCUAGUUUGUCAGAUACAGAUGGUUAAGGAGCAAAGAGGGAGUCAGGAGGGUGUUAGAAGAAUAGGGAGGACCUACUAAGCCCAGAAAUCAGGAAGAGAUUUAGCACUAAAAUUCCACCCCGGAAAGCGGUGAGCUCACCUUAGCGGUCCACUUCUCAGUGCCUUUCCACCCUCACCUACAAACCUGAGGUUCACAGGCUAGAGGGAGAUAGAGCAGCUUAACCUUUUGAGCAAGAUUUAGACAGGAAGCAUUAGUGUUCAGAAUUCUGAGGCCUGGAGCUCAGCUCACUGUAGGGCGGGGUGACUUACGUCUGCCUCAGGCUCCUGCAGAGGCCAUUUCUCCUUUGCGAAGCACGCAGGGCAGAGGUGUUGGGACACCUGGCCCUAAAGGAUCCUGCCACUACUGAUUUUGGUCUCGUGUUCCAUCCAAGGUACCAAGGGAGCAUUAGGUUCUAGGUCUUGCCAAAAAUGGCUAAUGGAGAGUUAUUGGCCAUUAAAAAUCAGUUCAGCUUUUGAUGCACCUCUUCUAACCAGCACCCAAGGAACAAAACACCCUUCGGACAGGGAGCCCACUUGCUCCAUAAGCAAGUGAGCAGAUGGGGCAACUUAAUCUUCUCCUCCCUAGAAACAAAUGGGGGCUCCUCCUGGUUUCUCUUUGCUUCCCUACCUGUAAUUCCAAGUUGAAUACAAUAGCCGUCAAUGAGCACAAGUGACCGAGCUGGGAGAUGCUCCAUUAGUCAUGAGGAAAACACGAGUUUCUUUCAGUCGUAAAGCAUGUAAGGGCUGUAAGAAACUUUCUACAACCUACGUUAUGUUAUAGCAUUACUUUUGAGCAGGAGCAGUGGGGUUAAAUGUAAUCAUUUUAGUUUAAAACCAGAAAAUGGGAAGAUAAAAAACAAGUUUGUGAUCAUUGUUGAUGUCACUGGGCUUCUUAGACUGUCAGCUCUGUGCAAGUGUCGUUCUCUGCUGGACACCAGGUAGGAAUUUAGGAUCCCUUGAGCAUACCAGUCUAAUAUUGAAAUGUCAUUUUUUAAUUUCCUGGUUUUUAAGAUAAAAACAGUUUAACCCAUCUCUGGAGAGCAAACACAGGAAUGUACCCCAGGAGUCUCACCUUAACUCCAGGGCUUGUCAUAAGCGUUCACCCCCUCUUCCCUCCCCACACCCGCGGCCUUUCAGUCCCGGUGAGGGGAUUAUUCACCUGUUCAGCAGCAUCCACUGUACGCAUAUUGAGCAUUUGGGACACUGGGAGGACAAAGCACAGUCCC